UUCUGAUGACGAUAUUCCAGUAAAGGAUACGAAGACCGUUUUAAAACCACCAACUAAGAAGCCGUUAAAGGGUUCAUCUUCCGAGGAUAGCUCUGAUAAUGUUCCGGCGUCUAAAAAUUUCAUGGCUUCAAAAACGGUUGGAAACAAUUUGUCAGGAACUAAUAAUAAGAAUCGAAAAUCCUCUUCUUCUGAAGACAGUUCUGAUGAUGAGGAUAUUCCAGUCAAGGAUACGAAGACUAUUAUGAAGGCACAAGCCAAAACUCUUUCGUUAAAGAAUAAUGAUUUAUCUUCUGAGGAAAGUUCUGAUGAAGGUUUAGCGUCUAAAAAUACUAUGUCCAAUGGUACUUCAAAGAAUCGAAAAUCCUCUUCCGAAGACAGUUCUGAUGAUGAGGAUAUUCCAGUCAAGGAUACGAAGACUAUUAUGAAGCCACAAACCAAAACUCUUUCUUCUAAGAAUAAGGGCUCAUCCUCCGAGGACAGCUCUGAUGAUGUUUUGGUGUCUAAAAAAUCUGCUGCCAAUGUUACUUCAAAGUCUAUUGGGAACAAUUUGCUUACGACUAACAUUAAGAAUCGAGAACCCUCUUCUUCUGAAGGCAGUUCUGAUGAUGAGGAUAUUCCAGUCAAGGAUACGAAGGCCAUUUUAAAACCACCAACCAAGAAGCUUUUAAAGGAUUCAUCCUCGGAGGACAGCUCUGCUGAUAUUUCGGCUCCUAAAAAAUCCAUGGCCAAAAUUACUGCGGAUAUUUCAAAGACUGUUGGAAGCAAGUUGUCUGGGACUAACAUUAAGAAUCGAAAAUCCUCUUCUUCUGAAGAUAGUUCUGAUGACGAUAUUCCAGUAAAGGAUACGAAGACUAUUUUAAAACCACCAACCAAAAAGCCGUUAAAGAUAGUUCUGAUGACGAUAUUCCAGUAAAGGAUACGAAGACCGUUUUAAAACCACCAACUAAGAAGCCGUUAAAGGGUUCAUCUUCCGAGGAUAGCU